AUGGAUAUCAAGGCUUUCCUCACCAUCGAAACCUUCAUUAUGUUCUUCUUCCUCGCACCCUUCUACAUCGUCUUCUUCUUCAUGAUUGUCGCCAACCGCCACGCCCGCAACGAGCGCCGCCUCACCCGCGAGCUCCACCUGAUGGCCGCCGAGGAAGAGGUCCGUCAGUACACCAUACGCCGCGGCGAGGAGAAGGAGCGCGAGGAGAAGCGCGCCCGGGAGCAGACCCUUCUUCAGGAAGCCGCCCGCCGCGCCACUCAGGUCAACCACGACAGCGACGAUGACGAGGGUGGAUUGCACAUUUACUACAAGCACACCCGUGUCGCUCCCUUCGCCCCUCCCAACUCUCCCGAGUCGGGCCGUAAGCGCAACUGA